AUGGGUAGGCGCGCUGGCUGGAGGACUCCCGACAGGCCAAACUCGGCCAGGCCUCUUUUGCUGCUUUUACUACCGCCACUCCUCUGCUGCUUGCUGGUGGUGCUGCAGCUCCACUUCGCUUCUAUACUUGGCUCGACCGGCUUGUUACGUGAGUAUUUUCCAUUUUGCCGCUCUCUUUGUCAGCGCGCCGAUCGUGAAUCUGACCAAUCACACGCCCAACACAGCCUCCUGGAAACAGGAAGUACACCCCUUAUCAGAAACACUGCGGCUCAGCAGCUUGCGGAUGUCCAGAAACAACAUCCAGAUGAGCUGUUCAAUCUGCUGGGUCGAAUCUUGCCAUAUCUGCGGUCGAGGUCAUGGGACACCAGGACUGCAGCUGCGAAGGCAAUCGGCGGUAUUGUCGGGUAUGCUGAACGUUUUGAUCCCAAUGCUGAUGAAGGCCUCAGUUCCGUAGAGGACGACGUUGUUGGAGAUGAAGAUGUACCCUCAACUGCCAAGAAAGAAGAGCACAGGGACACAGCGGAGAACGCUGGUCCUGAAGACCUUCUCGACUUGGACUCUCUUGAUAUCAGCUCAAUCCUGAGGUUUGGGCACAAGCUCUUAGGUAGCGCGGGUAAAGAGUAUGAAUAUUCUCUUGCUGGGUUGGAUGCGGCCUCUCGGCUGCAGCACCAGAAAAGGACACUGUCGUCGCGCUUAGGUCUUGGGGGGGAGUAUAUGGAGGAGGAUUUAGUCAAUGAGGCUGAUUUCGCUUCUCAACCAUCACGCAAGGGCUCUGAGGCUAAGCUCGAGAUUGCAAUCCCGCCCCCCUCUCGCAAAGGUAGUACGUUCAGUAAUCCGUCCCAUUCCAUGGCUUCCCCACAUGACCCUAUGCAGGCGACUCCCACCAACGGAGAUGACCAAGGGCUCAGCAAACGGCAACUGAACCAGCUGAAGAGAAAGAAUAAACAAAAUGCCAAAAUGGGAGCCAAUAAAAUCCGAGUCGUCGACCUGGCUGUCCGGAAGCAUCCUGAUGUCGUAGCUACACCUGUUACCGCUUCCACACCGCAUGCUAUCAAAAAGGAGGAAAAUGGCGACGAGAGCAAUGGCGACAAGAAGAUGGAUUAUUUUUCGCUGGAAAGGACUGAACCAGACGAUGAUAGUAAAAUCGUCUCCGAAUUCAAAGGUCCCAUGGUGCCCGAGAAACCUCCAAUUCAAACUGACGCGGAAGAAGAGGGUUUGGAAUGGCCCUAUGACCGCAUGUGUGAAUUUCUGAUGGUUGAUCUGUUUGACCCCAGCUGGGAAAUUCGCCAUGGUGCAGCCAUGGGUCUGCGAGAAGUCAUCCGUGUCCAAGGAGCUGGAGCCGGGCGGGUUCGUGGUAAAGGGAGACGCCACAACGACGCGCUUAACCAUCAGUGGCUAAAUGAUUUAGCCUGCCGACUUCUUUGUGUCUUCCUGCUAGAUCGUUUCGGUGACUAUAUUUCGGAUAAUGUAGUCGCCCCGAUCCGUGAAACGGUCGGCCAGACUCUGGCUGCUCUUCUAUUACAUUUACCCUCCAAGUCUUUGACUUCUGUUUAUCGCAUCCUGUACAGAAUGAUCAUGCAAAAUGAUCUCGGCCUCUCUAGUCCUAUAUGGGAAGUGUGCCAUGGCGGUAUGAUCGGACUAAAGUAUUUGGUCGCUGUCCGGAAUGACAUUCUUUUAAAAGAGCCUGAAAUCCUUGAUGGAGUUAUUGCUGCUGUGAUGAAAGGAUUAGGAGAUUAUGACGACGAUGUCCGUGCUGUCAGUGCCGCUACAUUAGUUCCUAUCGCAGAGGAUUUCGUGAGGCUUCGACCGGGCUCGCUACACUCCCUGAUCAACAUUGUGUGGGAGUGUCUCUCUAACCUCCAAGAUGAUCUCAGUGCUAGCACAGGAUCUGUUAUGGAUCUGCUCGCCAAACUCUGCACGUUCCCAGAAGUCCUUGAAGCAAUGAAAACAAAUGCUGCCCACGACUCCGAAUCAUCCUUUGAAAACCUUGUGCCGAGACUCUUCCCAUUCUUACGACAUACCAUCACGAGUGUGCGAUCCGCAGUACUUCGAGCUUUACUCACGUUCCUAAAACUCGAUAUUGAAGGACAAAACGCUUGGGCUGAUGGGAAGGCAAUGAGACUUACCUUCCAAAACCUACUUGUUGAACAAAAUGAAGGCGUUCUUAAGUUGUCGCUCCAAGUUUGCUUUGAGCUGCUGCAAGCAUUGGAAGACCGUGGUCUGUUUAAUACUGAUGACGAACUCUUACCAUCUCUACAACCGCUUAUCACGGUAACAAUGAGCCCUUUUGGCGUGCCACGAUACCCUAUCCCUAUGGAUAUUUCUCUUUUCAUUCGCCCAUCUGGAUUACCCUACACAUCCGCUGGCGCUGUUCCAAGGAAGACGUCUCCCACCAGUACAGCCUCCGAACCACCUGCGAAGAGCCGAAGACGGAAGGCCGAGAAAAAGGAUAUGACGGCCAUUUUCACUCAUAAUGUCGAUGGCCACAUGUUGCAAGGUGACAUUGAUCUCGUCGGUGUCGAAACAGUUAUUAGGUCAAAGAUUUACGCUGCAACUGCUUUGGGUCGACUUUUGUCCACUUGGGAUAGCCAUGACCGUUCAAAUCUGUGGGAGACCAUUUUGCCUUCUCUUAAAUCUCCUGGCUCGACUUCGCAGCUAGUGGCCGCAAUGGUCGUCGUUGAGUAUGCGAAAAUCAGAGGCCCAGAAACCAAAUACACCUCUCUGCUAUCACAAUGGCUAAACUCGGUGAUUGAAAAUGAGAGGCCAUUGUGGUAUAGUGAUAUAGCCAGCUAUUUACAUAUUGCUCGUGCACAGUGUCAUUCCCUCCUCAAUGCCUUUAGAGACCAUGCUCACGUUUCACAAUUCUCCCUUCCCAUGCUGGCAGUCGUAGUCCAAGGAGAUCAAGACGCUGGUCCCAAUGCCUUUUCCAUUUCGGAUGCCGAAAAAGUUCUAGGGCCGGAUUUUGAAAGACUGAAAAAGAGCCUUUCCCCAGCACAGAGAAUGACCGCGCUUCAGGUGCUCAAUGAUUCGCGAGCAAGUGCACUAACGGCUGUUGAAGAAGCUAAGGAAGUUAAAGAACAACGUGAUAUGCGAAUUAGAGCCGCUGCAGCAAGUGCGCUUGUCGCUCUUCAUGACAUUCCCAAGAAGCCAAGCCAGAUUAUCAAAGGGAUGAUGGACAGUGUCAAGAAGGAGGAAAACGUUGAAUUGCAGCAGAGAUCUGCGUCAGCUGUUGCAUCACUUGUGCAGUAUUAUACGAGUUCCUCCAAACGGGGCCCUGUGGAUAAGGUAAUUGGGAAUCUUGUCAAGUUUUGCUGUAUCGAUACUUCGGAGACACCUGAGUUCCAUCACAACGCAGGUUUGGAAACUGCAAUUCUAUCGCUUCGUAAGGAAGAGGAUAAGAAAGACCCUGUUGACGCUGCGAGAUUCGAAAAGGAGUCCCGGGAUGCUCGUAUCAUGCGACGAGGUGCCAAGGAAGCAUUGGAACAAUUGGCAAGUAGGUUUGGAGCGGAGUUAUUGAACAAGGUCCCUAACCUUGCAAGUUUGAUUGAAGAUCCCUUACGGAGUGCUCUUGCUGGUGAUCUUCCAUCCGAUAUCAAGGACCCUGACAAUGAAAUCGGUCAGGAAGUCGUUGAUGGAUUAUCGACGCUUCGAGCACUUGUCCCUAAAUUUCAUUCUGGCAUUUAUACCUGGAUUAUGAGCCUUAUGCCCAUCAUUGCAAAAUCUCUGCAGUGCAAACUGUCUGUCAUCCGAUAUGCAGCUGCUAAAUGCUUUGCAACUAUCUGCAGUGUUGUAACCGUUGAGGGUAUGACAAUGCUUGUGGAGAAGGUGCUGCCCAACAUCAACAAUGCGUUGGAUGUCCACUGUCGGCAGGGAGUCAUUGAGUGCAUCUAUCACUUGAUACAUGUCAUGGAAGAUAACAUUUUGCCUUAUGUUAUUUUCCUUAUCGUCCCUGUUCUUGGACGAAUGAGCGAUUCUGACAACGAUGUAAGACUCCUUGCCACAACUGCCUUUGCAACACUGGUCAAACUUGUUCCUCUGGAAGCUGGGAUACCAGACCCACCCGGUUUAUCCGAGGAGCUCUUGAAAGGACGGGAUCGGGAGCGGCAAUUUAUGGCACAAAUGCUCGAUGUCCGCAAGAUCGAACCCUUUGAGAUCCCUGUUGCGAUCAAGGCGGAGCUCCGUUCAUACCAGCAAGAGGGUGUUAACUGGCUCGCUUUCCUCAAUCGAUACCAUCUCCAUGGAAUCCUCUGCGAUGACAUGGGUCUUGGGAAGACGCUUCAAACUCUCUGUAUCGUGGCUAGUGAUCACCAUAUGAGAUCCGAAGAGUUCGCCCGGACAGGCGCACCUGAAGCACGGAGAUUGCCCUCAUUGAUAAUCUGUCCACCAACCCUUUCUGGGCAUUGGCAGCAGGAAAUAAAACAGUAUGCUCCUUUCUUGUCGUGUCUAGCAUAUGUAGGGGCACCCUCUGAACGUUCCAAACUUCGGGGCUCUCUAGGCUCUGUGGAUAUCGUAAUUACAUCUUAUGAUAUUUGCCGGAAUGAUAAUGACGUUUUCGUGCCUCUCAAUUGGAACUACUGUGUUUUGGAUGAAGGACAUCUGAUCAAGAACCCUAAGGCGAAGAUCACACUUGCUGUUAAACGGCUCAAGAGUAAUCAUCGCUUGAUAUUGUCAGGCACUCCGAUUCAGAAUAACGUGUUGGAACUCUGGUCUCUAUUUGAUUUCUUAAUGCCUGGUUUCCUCGGGACUGAGAAAGUUUUCCUGGACCGCUUCGCGAAACCCAUUGCUGCCAGUCAAUUUAGCAAGUCGUCCUCGAAAGAACAAGAGGUUGGUGCCUUGGCUAUUGAAGCGUUGCACAAACAAGUGUUGCCAUUCCUCCUACGGCGAUUGAAGGAGGAGGUCCUGAACGACUUACCGCCAAAGAUCUUACAGAAUUACUACUGCGACCUCAGCGACCUACAGCGGAAAUUGUUUGAAGACUUCACGAAGAAGGAACAGAAAGAUAUCGCAAAGAUUGUCGGCAGUACCGAUAAGGAAGCGAAGCAGCAUAUUUUCCAAGCAUUACAGUACAUGCGUCGUCUCUGCAAUUCCCCCGCCCUCGUCGUCAAAGAAAGUCACAAGCAAUAUGACGAAAUCCAGAAAUCUCUUGCAGCAAAGAAUUCCCAUAUCCGUGAUGUCGCCCACGCACCAAAGCUGAUCGCUCUUCGCGAUUUACUGGUCGACUGUGGCAUUGGAGUUGACCCAUCCACCGAAGGUGAAUUAGACACGGGAGCCAGUUAUGUUAGCCCGCACCGCGCUCUCGUUUUCUGCCAGAUGAAGGAAAUGUUGGAUAUCGUGCAGAACGACGUUCUUAAGAAGCUGUUGCCAUCAGUGCAGUUUCUCCGUCUCGACGGCAGUGUAGAGGCGACCAAACGCCAGAGCAUUGUGAACCAGUUUAAUACUGACCCCAGUUACGACGUUCUCCUGCUCACGACCAGUGUUGGUGGUCUCGGUUUGAACCUUACCGGCGCGGAUACCGUAAUCUUUGUUGAGCAUGACUGGAAUCCGCAGAAAGACAUCCAAGCAAUGGAUCGCGCACAUCGUAUUGGGCAGAAGAAGGUCGUUAAUGUCUACCGGCUGAUAACGAGAGGUACCCUCGAGGAGAAGAUAUUGAAUCUCCAACGAUUCAAAAUCGACGUCGCCUCAACUGUUGUCAACCAACAAAAUGCGGGUCUCAGCACGAUGGACACUGACCAACUACUCGACCUUUUCAAUCUUGGCGAAACGGCUGAGGGCGCUGAAAAACCCAACCAGGACCGUGGAAUCGGCGGUAAUGAGAUUGACAUGGUCGAUAUCGAUGGGGAAGUAAAGGAGAAGGGCAAGAAGGGCUGGCUUGAUGACCUUGGCGAACUGUGGGAUGAUAGGCAGUACCAAGAGGAAUAUAAUCUGGAUUCGUUCUUGGCGACUAUGAAGGGAUAGGAUUUCUUUUCAUGAGUUAGGAAUGCGAAGCCGGAAUUGGGACAUUUUGAUUUGUUUUAUGGAGUUUUCGCACCGGUGGACAGGGCGAAAUAGGGAUUAGUUGAUGAUUGCCUGAUUUAUGUUCUUGCUCCUGUAUUAUCUUGGUGGUUAAUUAUAUACUCCCUUCUUUUCCCUU